ACUUCACAGUACACCGACCGAGUCAUAAGUCGGCCAAGGACGGUGUAGAUGGUUCAUAUCCACGACAGAUAUAUCGAAGAUGUCGCUCUUUCGCAGACUUGUAAGUAUCUUCCGCAUUCCAUGACCGUAUCUAACAACACCAGACCCGGAUCGCCACACCACGCAUAUCCGCUGCGCGCACCCGCACCAUCACAUCCAGAGCACAAGAAUAUCUCCAAAACCACAACCCAGACUACACCGACUCGCAGCGGACAGUGCGGGACGCAAUCUCCAAGAUAUGCGCCCGCUUCCCAGACGAGUACUGGGCCGACCUCGACGCGCGGAAACACUUCCCAGUCGAUUUCCACGCCACGCUCGCACGCGAUGGCUGGCUGGGUAUCUGUAUGCCCACUGAGUACGACGGUUCCGCGCUGGGUCUCUCCGAAGCAGCCGUGAUGAUGCAGACCAUCUCAGAGUCCGGCGGGGGCAUGACAGCGGCCUCGUCUGUGCACAUGAACAUCUUCGGUCUCGAACCGGUAGUGAAAUUCGGGACAGCUGAGCAGAAGAAGCGCUGGCUGCUGCCGCUGAUCGCUGGCAAAGAACGUGCUUGCUUUGGAGUUACGGAGCCGAAUACAGGACUGGAUACGUUGAAGCUCCAAUCUACGGCUCGCAGAGACGGAGACCAUUAUAUCCUCUCGGGGCAGAAGAUAUGGAUAUCGACCGCGCAGAACGCGCAGAAGAUCCUUAUUCUUGUUCGUACCACGCCACUAUCGGACGUGAAGAAACCAUCACAGGGUCUAUCACUGUUCUAUACGGACCUGAACCGCUCGUCGGUGGAUGUGCGUGAAAUCCCUAAAAUGGGGCGGGCCGCUGUCGAUACGAAUGAGUUGUUCUUUGACAACUGGCGCGUGCCUGCUACUGACCUUGUGGGCACUGAGAACGAGGGCUUUAAGAUGAUCAUGCAUGGCAUGAAUGCGGAGCGGAUUCUGAUCGGUGCUGAAGCGCUAGGGCUGGGCUUUGCUGCACUACGCCGUGCAACGCAAUAUGCAUCGGACAGGAGAGUCUUUGGCCGGCCUAUUGGGAUGAAUCAGGGGUUGCAGCAUCCGAUGGCGGAUAGCUGGAUGAAGCUGGAGGCGGCGAGGUUGAUGAUUUCACAGGCGGCCAAGCUGUAUGAUGACGGGUAUGGCGAUGGAGAGUAUGCGAAUGCUGGGAAAUAUUUAGCUGGCGAGGCGGCGUUUGAGGCGUGUGAACGGGCGGUCCUGGCGCAUGGGGGGAUGGGAUAUGCAAGGGAGUUCCAUGUGGAGAGAUAUCUCAGGGAGGUGUGGAUUCCGAGACUGGCACCGGUGAGCCGUGAGAUGAUCUGUAAUUAUAUUGGGCAGAGGGUGCUGGGGCUUCCGAAGUCAUAUUAAUAUCACUAUCCUUGGUCCUUGA